AUGCUUUCCAAAGACCAGGAGGAGGCCUUCGACUACUCUUACUACACUGGGGCUUCCACUGGGGACUCUCCCUACGAUGCCGCCCACUGGUCUGGUCCUGAGGGUUACAUCUGUCCCUCUGAAGUGGUAUAUGCCAUGCCCAAACGCGCUCAGAAUGUGGACGGCAAGUGGCGCGUCAUUGUGAACGAAGUUCACUAUUACAGCCAGACUGUCCGCUUGGAGACUUGUCUGUUCCCAGAGGCUGCUUGCCGCGCCCUUGCUCCUUGCUACCAGAGCCACUGUACCCAGAAGUCAGUGUACCACCGACUUCUUUCCUACGACCCAUGUGACCCAUACAAGGGCCUCUUCAUCGACAUCUACAAGAUGCCAUCUGCCUGCUCCUGCCACCUUCCCGCCUAA